UACUGUUCAACGUUCAUUCGUGCGCGUUCGAGUCAUGGACGAGGACGCGGAUGCGGAAAUGGUUGUCGAGGCGAAAACGCGGUCCAGGAGAGAUGCAGCGCAUCCGCACCGGUUGGCGACCGCGUGGCAUCGGUUGGUCGCGUACCUGUUCCAGCCCGAAGACGGCGAGUGUCUGGCCGCGCUGCGCAUGGCUUUCAGCUUGCUGAUGAUGAUUGACACAAUGGAUGAACGAGGAUUUUGUCGGGCCGAUAAACGAUGGAUGGAACCCACAAAAUGCUAUUUUCCACUGUUUGAUUUUAUCAAACCAUUACCAGGCCGGUGGAUGUGUCUAGCAUAUGCGUUCAUGUUCUCGGGUGUACUUGGUAUGCUCACUGGUUUCCAGUACCGGACAAGUUGUGCCAUGUAUGCAAUUUCUUAUUGGUAUAUAUUCUUGGCGGAUAAAACCUCGUGGAAUAAUCAUUCGUAUCUAUUCGGCUUAUUGAUUGUUAUAUUCUCCGUGACGGAUGCUCAUCGAAAUUGGUCCGCGGACAGUUGGCAGCGACGAAAGAUCGCGUCGGAAGAGUCGUCGUUGGUGCCCCGCUGGAACUAUCUAUUGCUAAGAAUACAGUUUUUUAUCAUGUACUUCGUGGCCGGCUUGAAAAAAUUUGAACCCGACUGGUUGCGGGGUUACUCGGUGAUGUCUUUGGGUCGCCAUCACGUUUUCACACCGUUUAGAUACGUCUUCUCGGCCGAAUUCGUUGACCACUGGAUAGUGCACGUCGGAGGGUUUGUCAUCGACCUGUUUUCGGGAUUCGGACUAUGUUUCCGGUUCACUCGACCGCUCACCACCGUGGUUUUGCUCGCUUUCCAUUCCAUGAACGCCAUGAUGUUUACCAUAGGUAUGUUCCCGUAUGUUUGCGCGGCAAUGUUACCAGUGUUUUUCAAUCCCUCGGUUACGUCGAAAGUGUUGCGAGAUUUCGCCGGGAUUGGCCGAAAUGACAGCCAAAAGCCAAUGCUCGCUGUCUACAAACUACCGACGCGCACCAAACAGAAUGCAAUAACUGCGUGCUUGUGCGCGUACACGAUUCUUCAGCUGUUCUUGCCGUACUCGCAUUUCAUAACGCAGGGUUACAAUGGAUGGCGAAACGGCUUGUACGGAUACUCUUGGGACAUGAUGGUGUAUAACAUAGACGUGGCCAAGAUCCAAGUGAAGGUGGUGGAUCACGCCCGCCGAGAAUAUUUCUUCUUGGACCCACACAGUUGGACGGACAACGUCAAGUGGGCGCUACACGGCGACAUGUUGCCACAGUUCGCCGAGUGCGUGGCCACUAACAUGCCCGACCGAAGCGCUAACAUGUCGGUCCGGAUGGACGUAUGGGGGUCGCUCAACGGCCGUUUCCACCAACGCCUAGUCGACCCGAAAGCAGACCUGUUGCACGCCCAUUGGUCGCCCUGGUCGCCCGCGCCGUGGCUUAUGCCGUUAAUGCAACAUCUAGACCGAUGGCGACCUUGGAUUGUGGACACGAAGCGCAAAACCAACGAAAACCUGUUGUUUUUCGCCGACUUUCCAGGUAUGACGGUGACGAACGACGACUACAUGCCGAACGCGACCGCGACCACGUUGGCGGUGCUCGAAGGCGCCGUGGCCGUGCGCGAGCUGCGCGACGACGGCGGUGAACCGGUGCGGUUGGUGUCGGGCGAAGCGGUGGAGGUGACCGGACGCCACGCGGUGACCACGGUGAGCGCGACGCCGUCCUGUUCCGUGUACGCGGCCGAGUCUACGGAUGCCGACACCGAGGACGGCCACCGCGGGGGUGGCGUUGACAGUCGGCCCGGGUGUUCGGACGCGUGUUACGCGUUCGCGUUCGACGCGAUAAAAGCCGCGUUUUCCGCGAUUUUCAGAAUAUGAUGCCGCCGCCGUUUGUAGCCCAACGCGGUGCUGCCGAUGUGUUUAAAACACGCUACGACAUCGUACAUCAAGAGCCUCUCCGCGCCAACGCCAACCAAUUGUUAUUUUUUUUUCCUCCGAUUCAACAUUUCGAUACAAAUCGAAGCGCCCGCACAAUGGAAACGCGUCAAAUAUUUGUUUUUAAUUUUUAGCCGAACAAACUUUUGUUAAUGUUUUUUUUUAUCAUUCUACGAUCGAUUGUAAGUGUGCAAAAGCUGUGACCGACGUGUUUUGUACUAUCGCCAUCAAAUCGAGUGUUAUAUUCGUACACUGAAUGGUAAACACACAAUAAAUAUCGCGACAGUACCGUAAUUUUGACAAUUCUCGUGAAAGCCUUCCAUCCACAAAGUCUACCAUGACACCUGUCACAGAUAAAUUAAACGUCGCGCCGCGUCGCUGGCCUAACCGAACCUAAUCUAAAAUAUAUCAGUGUGCACUUUCUCCACCAUCCGUAUAAUCAAAUUCGCGUACCCCGCGCGAACUCAAUAAAACCAUAUUUACGAUGCGUCGGUGAUACAAUCUUGAAAAUGCUUCUUUGUUGAAUUGAUAUUUUAGAACUUUUCGCGACUAUACGUAUGACAUAUUUUUUCAUUGAAUAGGGUGUGCGUAUAGUAAUCGAACAAUAAAAAAACUAUUUCUGAACUUAAUCAUGUUUUGUUUUUACGUCUUUGGGUUCGAAUAGUCUUACCCUCCUGACUGUAGUAGGAGCCCAGUGAAAAAACAUUUCAACUCCUCUUUGCGUUUAUUUUUUUAUUUAUAAAAACGCCCGAAAUUCCAGAGUACCAAAAAAUGUAUUUUCUAAUAAAUCAAUAUUAUAAUUAAUGUGGUGCACCCAAGUUAUUCCACUUGCGUAUUUUUUUUUAUUUUAUUUUUUUUAA